AUGGAGCUGAACAGCUACGUCCUGAGAGGAGGAAGCGAGGAGACGAGCUGUGUGAUCUGCCUAGAAAACUUGACUGAAGGGGCUCAAGUUACUUCGUUAGCGUGUGCACACAUGUUCCAUGCGGCCUGCCUCAAGUCUUGGAUCCGUCAAAAGGGUUGGGAUGCCUCCUGCCCUCUCUGUGUGACCAAGAUUUUUGCGAAUGAGACCCACAAGAAGCGGUCUCCGGACGUCAGCCUCCGCAGCUCAUCACACGAACUUUCUUUCAGUCAAGUUCAUGAUCAGCGCAUCGCAUCGAACAGCGGUUUCAAACCUUGUUGUGCUGUGUUUGCUGUUAGUGAUUAUGCAGUUUGGUUUCAAGUCCUUUGCCUCCUCUCCUGA